UAUCAUGACUUUAUCUACCUUUCGACUGGGUGCUGAUUUUGGUGCUGCUUUUGAUUUGGCUUAGCGAAAUUUCAGUCUGUCUGCAUAAUUUCUUGGCGGUUUGAUAAAUGUCCCGCAAAUCGCUGGCGACACUUGGCAUCCUUCCAGCGGUCAUGCCUAAAAAAGUAGGCAGCAACAAUUUCGAAACAGUUUUUUCUUUGCGUAUAUAUUAAUAACUGUCAUUUCGGUGGGACGCAGUCAUUGUCUCAUCCUCCCAAAAACACUAACCCACACACGCACACCAUUUCUUUGAUAUUUUUUCACUUUACUUAAGAAAUUCAUAUGUCUCUUAGGGUUUCCCUUCCUCUUUUUUUUUUGUAUUUUUUUGCCCAGCACUUUUUUCCAUAAUUCAACGGGGCGUGGAUCCUGGAUCCUUUGCCUAGGUUUAGGUGUGGUUGCAACUUUUGGCGCGUGUAUAUGAAAAUUAUGUUAAUUUAUACCCCGCUUGGCUGCGGAUCCUGCUGUUUCCCUCGUUCUCUAGCUGGAUUGAAGGCGGCUUCCCCAUGGGGCGUCUGUUUGGGUUAACAUAAUGUUCUAGGGGGUGUUUGUAGGGAGUGCUCGACUUUGGAUUGACUUUAAGGUUUUUAAAAUAUUUCUAUUCUACGUUGCAAGUUGCAAGUCCUAUUCAUAUAGUUUCUUUCAUUGAUGUUCUUUAGCAUAAUAGUUGAAUUUUAGAAAUUUAGCAACCUAUUAUAAUAAUACAUGUAGAGGAACUAUUUUAAAACAAAGUAAAGGGUAUUAUACCAUAUUCAACUCCUUGACAAUCUUUUCCAGCCACGUCUGUUGCUUGCGUGUGCGUUUUUAUGCAUUAAAUUAGGCAACCUUAGUCUGGUCUGGAAUAUGUUAUAUCAGUCUUCUCCAGUUUGGCAGACGCUGUCAUCGUCACAAUUUGUAUAAGCUCCUUAAAGGGUUAAGGCCAGAAAGCGAGUUGCACAAGCAGACGGCCGCAUAUUAAUUUUACAGUAACAUGUUGCACAACGAUGGGGCAUUAUAUAAAUUGCUUGCUGCAAUUUUGUACUGGUAUUGUUGAAUUUAUGAGAAGUAUGGACCGCAAUAUUUAUCACAUGUCCAGUGCCAACAUUUAACGCUCUCUUUCUCGCAUUUAUAUAGAGAAUAUAUAUUGUAUUCCAUUGUAUAAUAAUCCAGAACUAAGCAUUCAUUUCCAGAUGUAGAGAGGGAGAGAACUGUAGAAAGUUUUGCGGUACGAUUUGCACUUCUGGUUGGGGCAUUAAUUAUGAUAAUAUUUUCUUCGGACUUUAAUAAGCAUUUGGCAUUCAGGGUGCCCCUCAAAUAUGCAAACAGUUUGCCCUGUCUUGCCACUGCCACUUGACUUCAUUGUCGGGUAAUUACAAUAAGACGGUCAUAAGCUCAUCGAAAAGUAGAGAGUGCCAAAUGCAAGAUGCAAAUGGCAGAGGACCAGGGAACCUCAUUGUCUCCUUCGCAUUAAUUAACUGACAGAUGGGAAUGUCUGCUAGGGAAGUUGUCUUACUUCGUUGUCUUCUGUCUUCUGUGUUUAAACCUCUGUGGCUGGGCUCAAAUAAAUCUCUGCCGUUUAAAUACCCUGAAUGUCUAUAAUUGUGAAAACAAAUAUGGAAUGUUGGCAUUGUAAAGGGAAACUUAAAUUGGGGCAUAAAUAAUGUAAAUGUUUGGGCUUGAAAGUGAAAAUUUAGCAGUUCUUAUGCAAAUAAUUAAAUUCGAAAUUUAUGCAACUAGUUCAUUGAUUGAAUCGCAAAGUGGCAAGAACUCCGAAUACCUUUUUGAUAUGAUUGAUGUUAUAUAAUAUUCUAAGCAAUAUCAAUGGAUUUAUAAUGCAUAGUAAUAACUUAUUACCGUGCUUUUAGCAGGCUGCUCAGCUAUCUACUAAAUAAUUUAAAUUAUUUUCCACAGUCUAUGUUUGUAUUAAUAAGUAGGAAUCCCUGAAUUGCUUAUCAAUUUCGUUUAAACUUCAAAAAUAUUAUGUGGCUUAGUUUCCUUUUGCUUCUGCAAGUUCCAAUGAUUUUCCUUGAAAACAUCACUUCAGUUGAUCAUUAUAUGGACACAGGCUAUAGUCAUCUCAGUUCUCAUUUGGUAUCUCUGCGGACUCGCAAGUUUAUACACUCUCCCGGAGAUAAUCACUUCUGUACUGGCGUCAUCCUUACUAAUCAUCACAUACUUACAUCAGCACAUUGCCUUACAGAUAAAAGAGGUUUGAUGACGAAAAAAAAACGAAUUGUGGUGGCCCUUUGCGCUGCCAUCUUUAAGAUUCCUGAGUCAGAGGAAUUUCUUAUGGAAAUUGAGAAUAUGGUUAUCCAUCCGUAUUAUAGAAGAAACCAACGCGAUGACUUAGCUGUAAUUAAACUAAAGAGGACUAUCAAAUUUGAUGUCCAUCAUUUGGCCAAAGCUGCUAUAGGAAACUAUUCACUGGAAGUGGGAAAAGACUGCAAAACUAUUGGUGGAAACUUUGGCAUACGAAUGCAAAAACUUGAAUCAUUUCCAAACAAGUUAUUUCUGGAUGUCACACUGCGUCCAUUUGAGGAGUGUUUAGAUGCCAAGAAGGAUCUAAAAGAGGGUUACGCGGAAAGCGAAGAUCUUAUUUGUGCAAAGUCAUUGGAACCACGUAUUUGUAUCACCGAUUUCGGUGGGCCGCUAUUCUGCGAUGGACAGCUCUAUGGUAUUGCUUUGGGAGCCGUUAAUUGUUCCAGUACAGAUCCGGUUUUCUUCAGUCACGUGCCUUUCUACUCCAGCUGGAUGAACAAAAUGAUGUCUCAGGGAUUGGAGCUGCAACCGCAUCAUAAAUGGAUAUUUUUCUUUACUUUUCUCAACUGUAUUUUGGGCAACUUUCACCUGCACCAGUCAGUGGAUAUCUAAAUCUCCCGAAAAAGGAAAAAUUGCUGGCCUUAGAGCUUCCCCUGCGAUUAAUGGAAAAUUGAGGAAAGCCCUAGGAAACUUUCGCUCGUAAUGCACCUGUAUGCCACGUGUGGCAAAUGUCACGUUCACUUUCCCCUCCCCAGAAAAACCGCAUUGACUUUCCUUUCAACUUUAACAACAAUAUUUUCGGUUGUUGCCUAACACUUUUGCACUUCUGCAUUAAUCAAGGCAAAAAAGAAACUGCCGAAAAAAAGUUAAUAAAUUUGUACAUAAAACAUGAUUGAUAAAGGCCAUAAAUAAUCCCAAUAAUAAAUAGAAAAUUGGUCAAGAAAAAAGUAAAAGGCCGCGACACGGCAAUUUGAUGUAACAACCAAUCAUUAUUAAUAGCCACGAAACGCUGGAUAAAAACCCAAACCAUAAAGGUAAAAAGAAAUUGCACACACACGCGAUAAUGUUGGCCGAAAAGAAAAGCCAGGAGUUAACGAUUUCAAGUGUUGUGCUCAACUCUUGUUGUUUAACUUCCUCCCCAUUGACUUUGAGUUCAAGUCGGUCGCUGUCAGUCGAUGGAUGGAAAGCCAGCCAUAAAUCAGUAAUAAUUAUCUUUUUUGUUGCUCUACAAUUGCCCGAAUGCAGGUAGCUGGUAUCACAAAAGCUGAUAAAUCGAUGCUGAUAAAUUGAAAAUUACCAGUCAAGCGAUAUAUAAUGGUCGGGAUGAUAAGCUCACAGAUUGCAUACACAAACGUACAUGUACUCGUGCAUACAGCAUUUGAUUUUUCUUUUAUAGUGCUGAAAUUGCAUAUCAAUUUGUGGUAGACAGCAGCCCAGACAUACAUGUUGGAUUUAUAUAUUUUCUUUCUCUUUUAAAAUCAACUAGAUGUUGAUUGGGAC